AUGAAUGUUCCGAAUGGGUAUCCACACCCAUCCCAGACACCUCUCAGCGCUUCAAAUCCGCAUUCUCUGAGCCAACAACGACCAAACGCGCACGGCUUGGCCACCAUGGGUCCAGCAAACCCUCUUGCAGGCCACUCUCAGCUAUCCCCGCGCAUACCAGCCAUUCUUGGCAUGUCCCUUCCACUUUCCAACACUCAACAACAACAGCAGGAAGCCCUUCUAAACCCCGCUACUGUCUCCGGUCCCUCCCAAGCUGCCCCACCUGCGCCAGCUGCUCCCGCUGCGCCCGAGAUACCUGUAAAGCGAGGUCCUGGACGACCCAAGGGCUCGACUAAUAAGAACAAACCGCCCGCGCUCAAUCCGGACGGGACUCCGAUCCCUAAGCGUCCAGUUGGUCGUCCACGCAAGAUUGUCGACCCCAAUGCGCCCGUAAAACCAAAGAAUCCAGUCGGGAGACCACGGAAACACCCACUUCCGGCCGCACAGGGCGCUGCUGCUGUGCCUACGGCUCAACAACCGUCUGCGCCCGCUCAAACGAUGCCAAAUGGCCACUCUUCGACGGCGAAUACAAGUUCAUUGGAUGCACCGUUUCAACCCCCAUCAUCUCAACACACUCAACUCGCUGCGCCUGCGCCUGUAGGUGCCCACAACACACUAGCCCCAUCGCCCACUAUCGCCCCUUCGCCGACAAUAUCCGGUGGGACGUGGUCAGCAAAUGAUCCGUCUGCUCUCGUCUACGGCUCGACAAAUGGCCAACAGACUAGAUCGAGACAACCAGGAUUGCUUGGCCAUAGUCAUGCGGGAACAAGUACCGCCUCUUCUGCGGGUACAAAUGCCGGCGGCAUGUUUCAUUCGCCACAUGUCCCGUCGUUUGAUAUCGAACACGUCCCUUCAUCGUCGAAUUACAUCGACUCGCCACUCUCCGAACACCCACAACUCCAACGCCGAACUUCCUCCUCGACUCGCGGCGUUGAUAGCCCAGCUCUGCGCGCACCUCCUCAUCAACGACCCAACUCGACGACAUUGUCCGUCACACCGCGUCCCUCUACAGGCCCCGGAAGGAGUGGAAUGAGUCUGGAGCAUGCGGAGAAUGCCACUUGGGCCGCGAUACAACAACUCGGCUACGCAAACCCACGUGUCGUAUUCUCGCCUAGCAAAUCGCGACGCUCAGACCUAUCGGCGCUCAAACGGAUCGUACCUUCCGACGUUUUGGGAGCUUACAACGAUCACUUGCGCGAGUUGCGCCGCGAGACGCCAGCGCGGUGUCCGGAUACCUAUACGAUCUUAAAUUCAUUUUGGUUACCGGGAAUUUCGCCGUAUUUCAGACUGACGACCAGUCGGCUCAGUUACUCAUCUGCGCUGUCGAAUCAUCGGUUCUUCUUCUGGGAUCCGAUGUACUUGCUCGUAGGAGGGAUACAUUGUCCUAAUUGCGAUACUCAGCUCAACCGCGAUGGGUUCCAUGGGCCUUGUCCCGUGUUGAACAUCGGAGACCCGUUUUACCUGAUUGGCCAGACAUACAAAUGCGAGGCGUGUGCCAAGAAGACGGAUAAUUCUACCGCAACGUCUUCCAACAACACUGCAAAUCCAAACACGGGUGUCUACCUCUCGUGGGACGAGAGCAUUCUCAGGUCGUUGCCUGACGCGCUGGCCAAGGAAUUUCCAGCGCAUAUCAAGCCAUGGGGUGCGAUUGGAAACGAUCUAUUUGAUUUGAUUCGGUCGUCUGUAAAGGCAGGAAUAGAGCCCAUGCAGAUUGCAGAGGUCAUCAAGACCGUUUGCAAGCCUGGCGCGGCGAAUAUCGCCAUUACGGAUCUGGGAGUAGGCGGGCAUGGUCAUGCAAACUCUAUGGGAGUCGGUGGUAUGGAUGACAAUCAGCUCGUUUCACCCAUUACUACUCCGUCUUCACCAGAGCUACCCGAAAAACAGCGGAUAUACUACCGAGCAUGGCAUCGAAACGGGUUAAUGCCAGAUUCGCUUGCGCCGCCUGACAGUUCUCCGCCCUUGCCUUCCUCAUCGCGCAUGGGACGCGAUAGCAUCAACGGUAUCUACGAAGACGAACUGCAGUUGGAUGGGACGGAGACACCGAGGGGAAGGAAAGCAGGCGAUACGACGGCUUCUAGCAAGCACAAAUCAAAGGAAGCUACUUCACAAUCGCAACAUGCAAGCUCUUCACAAGCCCCAGGGCAUCCGCCAUCUGCACAGGUCCAGCAUCCUUCAUCGGGCCAAGGACAACAAGGACAGCAUCCAACGUUGCCAGUACCUGCGGCCGCCGUCGGUACGAUGCAGCCACCGAUGUAUUUCGUCCAACCCGGUAUGCAGGCUUAUUAUCCUCCACCUGUACCACCAUCCAACGCAUCCGGUCCUCCAUCUCACACUUCCGGUCCGCAUUCAGCAAACGCAAGCAGCGGGGUCCAUUCGAGCUCUGCAAAUGGACCACAUCCCGGGAGUGGAUCCCACAGUUCUGGGCCUGGUACACACGGAAGUGGCCUGAGGAGUGUUCCACUCCCCGGCGUGCCUUUUUUCCCGCCUCCACCAUCAACGAUUGGGGCCUCGUCGUCGUCCAAUGUCGGCGUGAUCAAUGCUCUGCAUGGGCAUCCACCUCCUUCCCAUUCUGCAUCGUCGAGUACACAUCCUCCACCGCCGUCGAGUACGUCGUCGACCCCGGCGCCAAAGCAACCGAACUCGAUCAUGAGUACGCCGACAGGUGGUGCUGGUGCGGCGAGCACAAGAAUGGCCAGAGGAGCUGGAGGACGUGCAGCUGUAAACGGUGCUCCUACUGGCCGUGGAGGUGCCGCGAGUGCAAGUGCCGCCGGAGGGGCGAUACAUGAAUCUCUUCGUGGAACACCGCACGACGUACUUCGUGGCCCAGCUCAUGACUCGUUACGUGGAGCGCCACACGAUUCUCUGCGUGUUGGAGGAGGCGCACCGCAUGAGUCGCUCCGACGGCCCAAUCCGUACUUGGAUACGGACGAGCCGACGCCCAAGAAGCGACGGGCCGUGGUGGGGGCUCAAAUUGUCCGAAUCCGUGCCGGGAUUGUCAUCGGAUGGAAUGUAAAGGGCGAAGUUCGACUAAGCCUGGACGCAUGUGCGAUACAAUGCUUGGGGGCGGAGGCGGAUGAUCCUGCUUGGCUCAGCAGCCGGCAGGCGUAG